CGCUUCCGAAAACCCAACACCAAUCAAGAACGAUCAUGGCGCUCCGAAGCAGCUUGAGCAAGGUCGACGUGCGCGCGCUCUCGCCGAUGGCCUCGUUCGACGAGGACCAAGCGCCCUUCUCACCCAAGAUGGAGGACGACGUCGUGGUCUCGACGACGAAUGUCGCGACCGAGGCCGGGUACCUCGCCAAGCACACUUCGUACACAGUGCGCCUUCGCUGCCCCGUCACCAAGCGCGACUGGACGUUGUCGACGCGCUACUCGGCCGUGCUUGCCUUCCGCACAUCGCUGGCUUCGCUCUUCGCCGCGUACAACCAAACGCACCCCAAGCUCAAGGACCGUCUCGCCCGCGAGCUCCUUUUGCAGCUGGCGUGGCUGCUCGACACGCCGUUCCCGCCCAAGCGCCUCGACUCGGAGGCGUCGUGGGUCGUCGCCGAGCGCACUAAGGCAUUCCGUGUCUUCUUCUGUCGCCUCGUCGACUCGAAGAUCCACCUCAUCGACUUGGCGCACGAUGCCAGCAGCCUGCCCGCGCUCUGGAUCCAGCUCGUUACCGUUGUCCAAUCGUUCAUGGCCGCACCGCCCAUGCUCUCGGUGAGCUACCAAAAGGUACCGGCCAUUGUCCGCUGCCCGGACCAUGUCGACUGCAGCAUCUGCCUCGCGCCGUUCAGCGAAGCCGACCUCUCGGUGCCUGGCGUCGUCGUCAAGACACGCUGCAGCCAUGUGUUUCAUCAAGGCUGCCUCGCCAAGUGGAUGCAGUCGCAACCGUCGUGCCCCAUUUGCCGUGACCACGUCGAUGCGAUGGUCGGCCUCUACAUGUAG